AUGGCAUUCUGGAAAAUCACGAAAAAAUUCGACAAGUUGCUUGACACGAUGGACCAAGUGAACAGCAUUGUCAAGCACACUUUCAUCAAGGGAUGGGCUUGUGACGGGGAGCUGCCUGGGAUUGCUUGCAGCCUUCGUGCUGCUACAUAUUCUUUCUCCACUCUCGCGUUAUUUGUGCUCCACUUGUGCAUGUAUGCCUGCAACGUCUACUUCUGGCAGCGGGCGCGGAUUCACUAUGCCUCCAUGCUUGAGAUGGCGCCGGGAGCGGAUCUAAAACACCAAGACAUUUUCCUCAUAAGUCUUGCUCUUGCCGCGAUUUUGCUACUCGGCAUGGUUCUUUACCUUGGUGCUGAUAUUUUGGCCAUUCAAGCUGUCACGACCAAUGACAUGCCGCUUCUUGUUAUUGUGGUAAGUGAAGCAGUGAUUCUAAGAAAGCAAUGGAUUCAGGUUGUGGUGGCUCUACUUGUUAUUCCUUACAAUUAUUUCUACAAGCCUGCACGAUAUGGUCUUCUGCGGCUGAUCGCCCGGACCAUCUUUUCGCCUCUUUCUGAAGUUCGUCUCCAUCCCAGCCUGAGGCUUCAGCUCUCAAGGAUCUUGGCUUUUCCGUGUGCUACCAUGGAGGCCGUGUUCUGGCUGGCGACACUGCAGUCUGCUUCACUACUACAUAUCAGUUGCCUCAGGAAAUGGCAUGACGGAGAUCAAGUACAGCUUGCCAACGCUGCCAAGUAUUUGUGCGGAAUGCUUUCGCUCAUGGCCAAGUUUGCGUACGCAAGAACAGGCUCCACACUCUGGUUCGUAUCAUUCAUAGUCAUAUCUUUGUGUACAACGAUGUACCAGCUCUAUUGGGAUCUCGUCAUGGACUGGGGGCUGCUCCAGCGACGGUCACGCAAUCCUUGGCUCCGAGACGAGCUCAUCCUCACGAAGAAAGCAAUCUACAUCGCGUCCAUGGUUGUCAACUCAUUUCUUCGCUUUGCGUGGCUGCAUUCUUUUUUAUCUUUUCGUGCCGGCACGGAUCAACAGGUGGUGCAGUUCAUGUUUGCGUUCUUGGAAGUUCUCAGGAGAGGCCUCUGGAACUUUUUCAGGUAAAGAACCAAUCCUCUAC